GGAGCGGACGGAAGAAAAGCCUCGGCACCGGCUGAGGAGGAUGCUGAGGCAGAGGAGGAUGCAGCUCUGGCUGCGGACAGCAGCCGCGCCGACUCUACGCCAUUUCGCCACUUGUGGCUUCAGCAGCGACUCUGGGUUUAGCCGUUAGCCGAAGGAGGAUGAGUGCGAGUUAGCUGCUGCCCCUUUCUCCUGAAUUCAGCACAUUGUCAGGUGUCAGCACCUGUGAAGCUGCUGUCCACAUGGAGCUGAGCAGGAGGAAGGUGCCUCUGUAUGGCCAGGCAAAGGUAUUCGCUUUGCUCGAGGGCUUGGACUCGUUGCCCGACGAUGCAGAGGUCUAUGUUGUUUUGGAAGGAUCCACGCUGGUCCAUGUCACCAGGGCUCACAGUGAGGUCAUGCUCUGCUUUAUAGUGCCUGGGCAUAACCUUGCUGAGGUGGUCUCUGUCCAGGCCUACCUGUGUUCUGAAACCACAGCCCUCACAUGGGUGGGCGGGGCUUCACUGGAGUAUGUCCAAGACGAUGCUCAGGACCUAGCAGAACACCUGGUAAUCAAUGGACACUGUCUGGCUGCCACGGAUCACGAGGAGCUGAGAAGCCUCUUCAACCUGGGCCAUGAGAGCUCCCGCUGGGCUGUGGACCGGCGCGUCGCCCUGGCGAUGGCCAAUCUGGACAUCCCCCAGAACUGGAAUGUCCUGGGGGGCCACUAUGGAGAUGACCACCGUCCCAGAGAGUCUCCCCUGCACCUGGCUGUGCGCUGGCGCCUGUAUCGCCUUGCAGAGCUGCUGCUCUGCCAGCCGGGGGGCUUGAUGGCGGUCAGACUGCCCAAUGAAGAGGGAGUCACACCGCUGCAGCUGGCACAGGCGGCGGGCGACGCGGAGCUGCUGGAGCUGCUUAUACACCCACCCAACCCCCUGGCCACGCCUCCAGCGGGUCUGUCCCAGGUCUGGGCCGAUCGAUCCCGCCUGCUGAGGUUUUGCCAUGACACAGGAAACUUGACUCUAACGCUCAGACAGAACCUGAGGUGGAGCUCGGAGGAGAGCCGGCACGCUGACAUCCUGCUUCUGAGAGACCGGCUCAGAGAUCACAGCUUCCUCAGAGAGAUCAAAGCGCUAAGGAGGGAACAAGUGGAGACCAUCUUGGGGAAGGAAGAACAAGUGGAUGAUCCUGCAGAGAACGCAUUAUAUCCUGAUAACACUGAAGAAAGUUCUACUGUAGAAGAAAAUGACUAUGAGGAGCAACUCAUGUUUUGUCUGAAUGAAGAGGAUGAGCCAUCACAGUGCGACUCAGAUAAAAACCAGUCCGUGAGGGAGAGCCAGACUUUGUCCCCGACGUUGGCUGCAGCUGCCAGGCUGUCGGCGAUGAUCCACGGCAAAGACCGGGUGUUUGCCAAUGCCAUGCUGGUGGACCAGGUGGAUGGUGCUGACAUUAAAUACCACUGUCCCGAGGAGGAGGAGGCGACUCAUGGCUCCGGUGCUGGCAGCCCGUGCUGGGACUCCCUCUCCAUGACUUCUCCUGACUCAGGGAACUGCUCCUUCCAGCCAUCCUCGCCCCACAGCGGAGAGAGGGGGUUCCCUUCUCCGUCUGCUAUCGCCUCAUCUUUUCCUUCCUCCCCCCCAGCCUCCGCCUUUCGUUUGUUCGAAGGAGCCCAGCGGCGUCAGGCGCAGUCUCAUCCACCAGGUUCUCCUGCUCUGACCCGCAGAGGAUACAGCUUGACGGAGACGAGCCAGGCCUUGAGUCCUAGCGUUGAGUGUGACAGCGGAGAGGAGGACGUACUUGGACAUUCCUACCCCUGCUCAUCGUUAAAGCAGCGCUCCAUCCUGCAGCUUGGCGCCGGAGAGGAGAGGGACUCCUUUGACACCUCACCAGAUUUUAGCAGCACGCACAGGUCCACUAAGACCUCGGAGGAAGCUGAGGGUCGCCUGCGCUCCUACUCCUACUCCUCCCCCAAAGCGAAGUCGUCACGGCCGCUGCUAAACCGAGAUGCAGCACUCACUGACCUGGCAGAGGAUGGUGCACUCGGCAGCGGCCGCUCUCUCCUUCAAGCAUUGUUUCUCUUUAAAUCCUUUUCUCACCUCAGCCAAGUUAAGCAGAGAGGCUUCAGCCUGACUGAGACCCCCAGAGAGAAGAGGGUUUUGGGUUUCCGUAAACGGGCCCAGUCAGCAGAAGAGGAGGGCAGCGCAUCACUUGAACACCUCACCCUCACAGAGUUCCUCAAAGAGAUCGAGGAUGAGGAGUGGGAUAAAUACAUAAUCCCAUCAAAGGUCGAGUCAGAGAAGUACAAGGUCAGCCGGACAUUCAGCUUCCUCAAGAGCAGGAUGUCCAGCACUCGCAGCAAGACCAAGGUGAAGGGGAAGGAGCUGAAGGAGGGCAGGGACAAAGCCGGAGUCCCCAGCGGGCACCAGUUUGCUCCCGUGUCUCCAUCGGGGCCUGCUCUUUGUGUGGCCUGUGAUAAGUCUGUUUCUGGGAAGGAGCUAGUCCAGUGCUCCAACUGUUUCCUGAACGUCCAUAAAAGCUGCAGAGAGGCCGUCGCAGCCUGUGGAAAGAAACCGCAGGAGAGGAAUGUAUUGCAGAUGAAAAGCAAGACAGCGUCUCUCCCACAGAACUCGGGGAAAGACAACGCUCCAGCCGCCUUUUUCUCUCCUUCCUCUUCCUCACUUCCAGUCAUGGCGAGGGAGAAGAGAGAAACAGUCACCCCUCUGCCCAAAAGCCUCUCCAUUUCCAUCGACAACAGGCAACUGGGUGAUGCUGCUGAUGGAGAGUGCUCUGUGACUGCUUGCACUAACUCAUCGGUGUCUGAUGAAGGAACGCCGGUCACAACGGCUCCCCAGUCCGUCGAGGCCCCGAUCCCAGCACAGGAGGCUGUUGACGCUUCUUUGUGGAGCGACUUGUCUGCUGACCUGCUGGGACUCGAGGCAGAGUCGUGGAGCGUGGCGGUCCGUGCAGACUUUUGCCGGCAGCAGGACAGGCACACCAUCAAGCGACAGGAUGUUAUUUAUGAGCUGAUGCAGACGGAGCUGCACCACAUCCAAACACUAACAGUCAUGUCGGAGGUGUUCAGGAGAGGCAUGUUGGAGGAGCUGCAACUGGACUGGGACUGCGUGGCCCGCAUUUUCCCCUGCUUGGACCCCCUGCUGCUCUUCCACAGGAACCUUUUUGCAUCGCUGCAGGAGCGCAGACAGGCUGCGACUCAGCCUGACAACCCCCAGAAUUACCUCAUCCAUCGGAUUGGAGAUAUACUGCUUCAGCAGUUCUCAGAUGAAAACGCUGAGAAGAUGAAGCAGGUGUAUGGGGAGUUCUGCAGUCAUCACACCGAGGCAGUCAAUAUGUUCAAAGAACUUCAGCAACAGAACAAAAAACUUCAAAACUUUGUCAGGCAACAGAGCAAUAACUCUCUGGUCAGACGGAGGGAGGUGCCUGAGUUCAUUCUGCUGGUCACUCAGCGCAUCACCAAGUAUCCAGUGCUGCUGGAGAGGAUAUUAAAGUAUACUCAGGAAGGGAGUCGGGAAUACACAGACUUGUCUAGUGCUCUGGCUCAGAUUCGCAAAGUCAUCGCUGAAGUGGAUCUGACUGUGAGUAAGUACGAGAGGUGUCAGGAGCUUCAGGAAGUGCUCGCGCGGCUGGAGAUCAAGAGCUUUGCUAAGCUAAAGAAUGGCAAAGUGUUUCGCAAGCAGGACUUAGACUGCAAACACAGGAACCUGCAGCAUAAAGGACUGGUCUACUGGAAAACUGCCACGGGACGUUUGAAAGAUACUUUGGCGCUCCUUCUGACAGACGUUCUGGUUUUCUUACAAGAGAAGGACCAGCGCUUCAUAUUUGCUGCCGUGGACCAGAAGCCUCCAGUAAUCCCUCUGCAAAAGCUCAUUGUUAGAGAGGUGGCCAAUGAGGAGAGAGGGAUGUUUCUUAUCUCGGCCUCCUCAGUGGGACCAGAGAUGUAUGAGGUUCAUACCACCACCAGAGAGGAGAGGAAUGCGUGGAUGAAACACAUACGACAAGCCGUAGAGAGUUGUCCCGAGGAAGAGGAGGAGGAGGAGCAGAGUGCUGAGACGGAGGAGGCCAGGCGAGCUGCAGAAGUGCGAGUUCAGAAGGUCGCCAGGCUCCAAGAGACACUGUUGUGCCAGGACCAGCGGAUCUGCAGCAGUCUGGAGGAGAAGCUACAGCUGUACGCCGAGCUCACCGAGUUAACCCUCGGCUCUCCAGAGCCUUCGCCACGUCGCCACCUGCUGGUGCAAGCGGAGGCAGACGGCGAAGCGCAGAGACAGGCCUCGUCGCUGCUCACAGCUGCACUCAGGGAAGCGGAGAAUCUCAUCAGCAUCCUUCAGGCCCCCGACAGCCUUUGUGUAAGUCAGAGUUCUCCUGUCCAAGGACCAGAGUGCCUCAGCUACAACAGCCACGGCAGCAGCAUCCAGGAGUCUCCCUCUGAGCCGGACUACCUAAGCACGCUCAGCAUGAGCUCCACCUCCCUUGGGUCAGACAGUGAGUUGACCGGGUUCGACAGUGUGCUGUGGAGCUCCGCGGUGGAGCUGAGAAGAGGAGACACCAAAGCAACGCUGUUAAAGGCGACGGAAAGCGUUCAGAACCUGACUCAACUUCUUUAUAGUCUUCAGGCAGCGGUGACCCUCCAGGACAGCUGCUAUGAAGUCCAGAGACUUCUUCUCCAGGAGAGAGAAAGACCUCAGCUCCGAACACUGACUUCCCUUCAGAGCAGCCUGGAGCCGGAAAAGCAGAGGAGCUUUGAUAAGAAGAAAGAGGAAGUAGAAAAGAAGGGUUUAGAGCGGAAGAAGGAGGAGGCAGAUGAGGUUCAGAAACUUCAGGUGAAGCUGAAACAGGAGCAGCAGCGCUGGGAGAAAGAGUGCGUGGCCAGAGACAGACAACAGAGCGAGCAGGAGAGCGCGCUGGGGCAGCGGGAGCAGCACUGCCUGCUGGAGGCCGAGCGGCUGCGCUGCGAGCGCGAGGAGCUGGAGGCGCAGCUGCAGGAGUACCGGCACAAUCUGGACAGACUGAGGGAGGGCCAGAGGAGUGUGGAGAUGGAGAAGGAGAAGAUCGAAGCCGAGCAGAGGCUGCUGCAGAGCUGGAGACACGGCCGCCAGAGCAGCCUGCCUGUGGCUUUACCGCUGGAGAAGGUUUCCACACACAGCCGCUCCGGCAGCCUGGAUGGGAACUGUCCAGCCUACCAGAACGAGGCCGCCUUCCUUUCUUCCCUCCAGCAGAAUCACCUGCACCCGCCAGCCAACAACAUCCAGCACCAGCGCCUGCUGUCGGCGCCGUGGGCCAAGGACCGCGGCGCCCUGCACGGCACCGGCUACACCACUGACCUUGGCCUCAGUGCCAACCUUUACAACAGCCUCAACACCCUGCUGAGCCAGACGCACGGCAAACAGCCCCCGGACGCCCUGCCGUACCCCAACUACAGCGGCGGCCACGGCUGCGCUCUGCACCCGUUCAGCAGCAGGGUCCCUGCGCCGCCGCCGGGGACGAACAUCACAGACGCCAGCCCACCACUGGACAUGCGAUGCCUGGAUCCCUGGAGGUCAGAGGUCACAGGUCAUGGACUGUAUGAGGAUGACCCCUCCUCCUCUCCCUCUCUCACCCCCCUCCUUCCCCCACAGGCCUAUCUCUCCCUUGAAGGUCAGAACAGGGAAGAAAGAGGUGAAGAAAACAUUGUUUAUCUCUAAGAGAAGGGAAACGCAAGCUGCCUGGAAUACUGUAUAACUGGACUGAGAAUAUAGCGUCUGUUGCUUCUACAUGUGUGUGUUCAUGUGUAUCCAUCUAAAUGCGAUGGAAAUAAAUUAUAUUUUGAAGAUAAGGGAAUAUUUGCAGGGAGUAAGUGCACAGACAUUCAGCAUGAGCCGCUUACAGUGUACGUGGCCAUUAAUCAUUCACUGCCUGCGUGACGACACCGUUGUGCCUUUUUGCAAACAGGCUCUUUGUAAAUGUUUUUUAUGUACUCACACUCGUUUGAAGUAGUCGUUGCACUCGUUUGAUGGCAGAGGCACCUUUGCUACACAAACACUGGGUCCUGAAGCAGAUGUAUUGAUGUUAUUCCCAUAAGCACUUAUAGGAAAAAGGAAAUAUUGGUGAAGUCAGUUUAGCAGGUUCCCAAACUAGAGUUUUUAUUUCUCCAUGUGAUCAUCAGUAUUUAUAAAGGAUUGUGUAUGUAUCAAAUAGCCAGAAAUGUACAUUGCUGUGUAAUUAUUAAACGUAUGUAUAGUUUUAUGGAGAGGCUACCUAUGCACACUGUUGGAGGAGAAACUCUUAUUAAUAUUUUUUCCCGAGUGCCAAAAAUCUGAUUCAGUAAUUGAUUUGUAAAGACUGGCUGUAUGUUUUCGGUUGUGUCAACGUUUCUGAUAAUUUAUUAUGUAAAUUGCUUCAUGCACUGUCGACCUCAUCAGCGUUUUGUUAAGUACAUGUUCUCUUGUAAUCUCUGUAAUCUGAAGUGUGAUGUUUCAUAUUAAUUUUGUGCUGUACAUAAACGAACUGUGGCAAACA